AUGUCGCUCUCUUCCCUCACCGUCCCGAUCUCAGCAGCUGCAAGUAUGAAUUUGCAACAGCAUGCGACAGCUUAUCGCAAUGACUAUACACCUAGAUAUCAACCACUUCCCUUCGUUCAACCAUAUCCCCAUCAACAGUACAAUGCUUUCGAUUCCUAUAAUACUUGCAGUACUUCUCCCACCACCUCAAGAGGGCGCAGCGGUAGUGGAGAUACCGCGAGCUAUAUUACCACCAGCACUGUUUCACUGCCAACGCCUCCCCAAGAGGAAGCUUACCUCAGUGGAGUGAGCAGCCACUACCAGAUUCAAAGUAGUCAACAGCUAUGCCCUUCUUCGCUCAGCCCAACUGAACAAUAUACAGCAAGGAAAAUUGUGGUUCAAAAUAACGGAGAAGCAAUAGCAAAGGCUCCGAGCCCUGCAGUCAGUCCAAGUUUUCUAUCAACUGAAGGCAGCCCUUCAGUUGAUAAUGACAAGAAACUGACAAAAAGCGCGAAGGACAGCAUGUAUUGUCCUCACCCCGACUGCAAAAACGAGGAUGGGGUUGCACAAAAACGUUUCAGCCGCAAGGCGGAUGUUAGUCGGCAUUACAAUUCUCAGCACAAUCCGCAACAUAUUGAUUGUCCUAGACCAAGGUGCAUAAGAAAAGGCAAACAAGGUUUUACGAGGAGGGACCACCUUGUCGAGCAUCUCAGAGGGUUCCAUCUCGAAGCCAUUCCAAAAAGAGAGAUUAGCGUCAAAGUCCAGCCAAAUGACGACUAUGAGGAUCAUCCACAUUUGCAACAUGCCACAGAGGAUGCCUAUCGUGCUGACUCGUCCAAUCUUGCUGAUCCAAAACAUGAAAAGACUUUCUCCAUAAAGGAGCAAUUCUUCGCAAUGGGCGAAGUCCUAAAUGGAAGGGUCCCCAGUCUCGUACAAGAGUCUCCAUAUUCCCAAAUAUAUAGCAAAAAGUCCAAGGUCGCUGCACGGCGGCAGACCCGUCGAGACCAAUUUUAUCCCUAUCCUAAGGUUGAGGAUGUUAUCAACAGCUCCCAAAGCAACAAAAGAACACCACCGCGCCAGGGACAUGGGAAGCCGGGCACGGUGAUCACAUCGCACGAACAUCUACACCAGCCCGUCAAACAAGAAGACCACUCGGGCUUCAAUGGUGCUCACGAUUUCUCCUCACAGCCGUACACUUCAAACACUUCACCUUUCCAAAGCCAGUAUUCUCCGAUGGCAGCCUAG